UUCUUCUAAAGACGAGAGAGGAGUGUCGCAGUCUACAGUUGUUUUCUCAACAAUCUCGAUCUUCUUCUUCUUCUUCUUCUUCUCUCUCUUCAAAGAUUUUUUUCGCACAAAACAAACAAAUCACUUUAUGUGUGUUUUGUCUGAUUUUAAGGAUUAGUGAAUUUUUCUACUUUAUUUUUUUUUGUUUUUCUGAUAAAUUAGGAUUUAGAGAGAGGGAAGAGAGAGAAAGAAAGAAAGAGAGGUGCUUUAAUGUCUGUGAAGGUAGGAGCUGUAUUUGGAUCCAGAAACAGAGCAAACCCAGUUCGAUAUCUGUCUCUUUCAUCUUCUCUAAAUAUCGAAAGACUUGAUUUUUAUUAGGGUUGUGGGAUUUGGGUAUUUCGCUUAAAUCUCUCUCUCUCUCUCUCUCUCUGGGGUUUGUGAGUGAUGAGUGUGUGUGUUGAUGGGUCGUUGGAUUGAGUUUGAUAAGCAAUGGUUGAUCAAAGAAGAAGCGCAUUGGGUUUUUUCUUGUGUUUGGUACUGUUCGACUCUGUUGUUGUUGCUGGCCAAACACGGACUCGAUUUAGUGAGAGACUCACUCUGCUUAACCUCAGGUCUUCUUUAGGGUUAAAAGGAACAGAUUGGCCAAUCAAAGGUGAUCCUUGCGGUGUGUGGAGAGGGAUACAAUGUGAGAACGGUAGUAUCACUGGGAUCAACGUUUCAGGGUUCAGGAGAACAAGAAUUGGUAAGCAAAACCCACAAUUCGCUGUUGAUCCUCUUCGUAAUCUUACUCGUUUGGUAUACUUCAACGCCUCUGGGUUAGCACUUCCUGGGAGUAUACCUGAGUGGUUUGGUGUUACUUUGUUGACAUUGCAAGUGUUGGAUCUUAGUUCUUGCUCUGUUAGUGGUGCUGUUCCUUUUACUCUUGGUAACCUUACUAGUUUGAAGACUUUGAAUCUGUCUCAGAACAGUCUUACAAGUUUAGUUCCCAGCAGUUUAGGGCAGUUGUUGAAUCUAUCAGAGCUUGAUCUCUCUAAGAACUCACUCACUGGGACUCUUCCUCCAUCUUUUAGCUCUCUGAAGAAUCUGUUGACUCUUGAUGUUUCUUCUAAUUACCUUACUGGACCUAUCCCUCCAGGUUUAGGAACGUUAUCGAAGCUUAUCCAUCUGAAUUUUUCAAGUAAUAGUUUCUCCUCUCCGAUUCCUUCAGAGCUAGGUGGUCUUGUCAAUCUUGUUGACCUUGAUCUCAGCAUCAAUUCAUUGUCUGGUUCAGUUCCUCAGGAGUUGAGUAAGUUAAGGAAGUUGCAGCUGAUGGCGAUUGGAGAUAACUUGUUGAGUGGAACUUUACCAGUAGAUUUGUGUAGUGCUGAGAGCCAACUACAAAGUCUAGUUUUGAGGGAGAACGUUAUCUCCGGUAGUGUACCUGAUCUGUGUUGGUCGUUGCCCAAAUUGAAGAUACUUGACAUUGCUAAGAACAACUUCACAGGAAUGCUACCAAAUUCUAGUUCUGAUCCAGACCAGAUAGCUACUACAACAAUGGUUGAUAUCUCAUCGAACACAUUCUAUGGAGAGCUCACACCGAUUCUUAGAAGGUUCAGAGAAAUAAACCUCUCUGGUAAUUACUUCGAAGGUAAGGUUCCGGACUAUGUGGCCGGGAAAAAUGUGUCUGUUACCAGCAAUUGUCUUCAGAAUGAGAGGAGACAGAAGCCUUCAGCAAUUUGUGCAGCAUUCUAUAAAUCUAGAGGGUUAGAUUUUGAUGAUUUCGGACGUCCUAACUCUACACUACCUACAUCAAAAAAAGCUUCUUCAGGGAUAAGCCACAGAACUGUAAUUAUAAUUGCAGCAGUGGCUGGUGGGAUUGGUUUUAUUCUGAUAUUUGUUAUUUUGCCAAUUCUUUUGGUUGUGUGUAUACGCCGAAGACGCAGAGCGGCACAAGGAGGAAAUGUUGACAGGCCUAAGCCUGCAGGGGAAGCUUCACAACAACCACCUAAAGGAGCACAGACUUUUGAUUUGUCACGUCUUGGAAAUGCUUUUUCGUAUGAGCAGCUGCUCCAGGCAACAGCUGAGUUCAAUGAUGGCAGUCUGAUAAAACGUGGCCACUCUGGGAGUUUGUUUCGUGGUUUCUUGGAAAAUGGUACACCCAUUGUUAUUAAAAAGAUUGAUGUGCGGGAAAGUAAAAGUGAAGGCUAUAUAUCAGAACUGGAGUUGUUUAGUAAGGCUGCACACCAGAGGCUUGUGCCCUUUUUGGGACACUGUUUGGAGAAUGAGAGCCAAAAGUACCUCGUCUACAAGUUUAUGAGAAAUGGUGAUUUGGCUAGCGCUUUGUUCAGGAAACCCGACAACGAAGGUGAUGGAUUGAAGUCAUUGGAUUGGAUAACAAGGUUGAAAAUUGCUCUUGGUGCAGCAGAGGGACUAUCUUAUUUGCAUCAUGAGUGUUCACCACCUCUAGUUCAUAGGGAUGUACAAGCAAGUAGCAUACUUCUUGAUGAUAAAUUUGAGGUACGUCUGGGAAGCCUAAGUGAGGCAUAUGCUCAAGGUGAUGCUUAUCAAAGCAGGAUUUCUCGUUUACUUCGGUUACCACAAUCAACUGAACCAUCAUCUUCAGGUGCAGCAAAUGCAACAUGUUCCUAUGAUGUUUACUGCUUCGGCAAAGUGUUACUAGAGCUAGUAACAGGGAAGCUCGGGAUCAGUUCGCCAGACAACGCAAUAGCAAAAGAGUACAUGGAAGAAGCUUUGCCAUACAUCAGCACAAACGAGAAGGAACUAGUAACGAAGAUCAUAGACCCGUCAUUAAUGGUAGACGAAGACCUUCUAGAAGAAGUAUGGGCAAUGGCCAUCAUUGCAAAGUCAUGCCUAAACCCAAAACCAACAAGACGACCAUUAAUGAGACACAUUGUGAACGCACUUGAGAACCCACUUAAAGUAGUAAGAGAAGAUACCAACUCAGGUUCAGGCUCUUCCCGGUUAAGAACAAACUCGUCAAGAGGGUCUUGGAACGCUGCUAUAUUCGGGAGCUGGAGGCAGAGUGCGUCAGAUGUAACAGCGGUUCAAACAGGAGCUACAACAAGUGGUAAUAAUGGUGGUGGUGGUGGUAAUGGUUUGAGGAACUCGGGGUCACAAGGAAGCAGUGGAAGGAACAAUAACAAUGGGAACUCAUCGUCAAGAAGACGACAGUCUAGUGAGAUUGUGCCGGAACCUGCUGCUUAUGGAGUAGUAGAGGAUAAUUUAUGAUUCGUUUCAGUCGAUUCUUUGUGUCGAUAAUAACAGAGGCAAAGAGAGUCCUCAAAGGUAGCAUAAAUGUUAGAAGGGAGGAUUUGUAUUUUUUUUUAAAUUUGUUUUUGUCUUUAAUAUAUAUUUUUUUUAUGUUUCUUGGGGUUAGGAUUGGUGGAGUUAGAAUUUGUAGUUCAUUUUUUUUUUUUCUUAAUUUUGGUUUUUGGUUUAACGAGGAGUUUUUUUGUAAAUUGUAAUUCUUGAAGAUUGGGUUUUGUUUUUUUUGGUUUCUUUCUUAUUGUAAGAAAGACCAGAAAACAAGAAAAAGGUUGGGUUCGUUUUACAUUUGUUUCUCAGUUCCAACUUUUUUACUUCAUUCCUUUUUCUUGGA